AUGGGAAGCAAGGCUCUGCCAGCCCCCAUCCCGCUUCACCCGUCCCUCCAACUCACCAACUACUCCUUCCUCCAGGCUGUGAACACUUUCCCCGCAGCUGUGGACCAGUUGCAAGGUCUGUAUGGACUCAGCGCCGUGCAAACCAUGCACAUGAACCACUGGACAUUGGGCUACCCCAAUGUGCAUGAAAUCACCCGCUCCACCAUCACGGAGAUGGCGGCCGCCCAAGGCUUGGUGGACUCCCGCUUCCCUUUCCCUGCGCUCCCCUUCGCCACGCACCUCUUCCACCCCAAGCAAGGGGCCAUCGCCCACGUCCUCCCAGCCUUGCACAAGGACAGGCCCCGCUUUGACUUUGCCAACCUGGCCGUGGCCGCCACGCCGGAGGCCCCCGAAUCUCCACACAAAUGCCCCACAUGUGGAAGAACCUUUAAUCAAAGAAGUAAUCUGAAAACUCACCUUCUUACCCAUACAGACAUCAAGCCCUACAACUGUGAGCAGUGCGGCAAAGUGUUCAGGCGAAACUGUGAUCUACGGCGGCACAGUCUAACUCACACCCCGCGGCAGGACUUCUAG